AAAAUAUAAUAAAACGUCUAUUUUCAAACAUCCAUAUCACAGCAAUUAUACAAGAUUAAUUAUUAUAAAUAUACUUCAGAUCAUGUGUUACUGCAACAAUCUCUGUAAUUGCAUAUAACCUACUAAUACCUCCUCAAGUAACUACCGAUAAAUAAUUCAGUUUGUGAAACCUAUAAACAAUUACUAAAUAGCUGAACUUGGAUUCACCAGCUAAAAAGCUAUUAGGAAAUUGAGGAAUAUUAGUUGUAUUAUUAUUUUUUUGAUUAUAUUGAUUCAGUUCAACUUUGAAUUGAAAAAUGGCUUUGAAAUGGGGAAUUUUAAGUACUGGGAAAAUAUGCAAUGAUUUUGUCAAUGCUUUAAAUUACUUACCUGAUGAUGAACAUCAAAUAGUGGGUGUUGCUGCUAGUAAAAAGGAAAAGGCUGAAGAGUUUGCUCGCAAACAUAAUAUUCCUAUUGCAUAUGAAAGUUAUGAAGAUCUAGCCAAAGAUACAUCAAUUGGUGUAGUCUAUAUUGGGACUAUUAAUACAGCUCAUUACGCUCUUUGUAAAUUAGUAUUGUCCAAUAAAAAGCAUUUGCUUUGUGAAAAGCCACUUUGCUUAAAGUACAAAGAUGCGGAAGAAUUGAUAACUAUGGCGAAAAAAAAUAAAUUAUUUUUCAUGGAAGGUGUUUGGUCACGUUUCUUUCCAGUAUAUGAUAAAUUAUCACAACUGCUGGCCUCCAAUGUUGUAGGCAAUGUGAUCUAUUUGACAGCUGACUUUGGAAUAUCUAUUAGUGCUAUCGAUAGAAUUAAAAGCAAGGAAUUAGGUGGAGGAACUAUAUUUGAUCUGGGAGUUUAUGUGCUACAGUUAGCUAUUCUUGUGUUUGGAAGAAAUCCCCAAUCUAUAUCUGCUGUCGGUCAUUUAAAUGAAAAUGGUGUCGAUGAAAGUAUCAACUAUGUAUUGAAGUAUGAUGACGGGAAAACUGCGAGUUUUUGUACUCACAGCAGAAUUAGGAUGGACAACUCAGCUACUAUUUAUGGAACGAAAGGACAAAUAAAGAUUAAAGAUCCAUUUUGGGCUCCCACUGUAAUUUAUAUUAAUCAUGAAAAAAGCACAUUUCCUCUUCCUCCAGUAGAAGGAGAACAUUUUUUUACCAACAGUCAAGGCCUUGUGUAUGAAGCCAUCGAAGUUCGAAAUUGUAUAAAGAAAGGUUUGCUUGAAUCACCUAAAAUGAAGCAUGAAGAUACUCUUUCAAUCGCAAAAUGGCAAGAAGAUGUAUGUAAAUUACUUGAAUCACAAGAUUAGUAUUAAUUAUAUAUUUAUUUUAUGCAUAAUAAAGAUAUUUUUGUUUCAUUGAUACCUAUAUGAUUUCCAUUGAUGUAAUUUGUAGUCUUUUCUGUUAGUAUUUUUCUUUAUAAAAAUUGUUUCUUUACAAAAUAUAUGUUGUUUACUGUUAACCACUAAAAUGAUUCUAGUAGUUCUGAAAUUUCUUUUUAUUAGAAUAAAAAUAAUACAAUCUGCCACAAUCAAGGGCAUUGGCCAUUAAGGCAAUAUGUGUACAUUCAUAUUAUUAUAUACAAAUUGAGGAAAAAGAAAACAUCUAAGUAAUAAAUAUAUACAAUAAAAUAAUAACAAAAAUAUAAG